UUUACCUGGAAGCACAAAGUUCAUCUGUAAAGAAAAAUGUGAGCGAGCAGAAGAUAUCCUCAUCAAAACAGAUGGAAGCACAGCUCAGAGUGGGAGAUACAGCAUUGAAUAUAAAGAUGGAGCUUCAGGAAGAGGAAUUGUGUUUUUGACCUUCACACACAUGAUCACGUCUGACUCAGGAAUGUACAGGUGUGGUUUGGGAAGAUCUGCUCCAGACGCAUACUAUGACUUUGAGGUCAGAGUUUCAAAUGAUCUGGAUAAAAACAGUGGCUUUUAUCACACAGAAAUGAAGGGAGAAAACAUCACAUUAGUAUGUUCCAUUAAUGCGUAUGGACAGAGGACGUUAUUUUGUAAGAAUGAGUGUAAGAAUGAAGGGGAGAUCCUCAUUGACACAACUAACAACAAAUCUGUGAGUGGAAGAUACAGCAUUGAACACAGACCAGGAUCCAUGUAUCCACUGUAUGCGACCAUCACACAGCUGACCAAGUCAGACACAGGAUUGUACAGGUGUGGUUAUGGAAACCCUCUGUCUCCAGAUUCAUACGAGAGUGAAUAUGUUCUUGUCAGUGAUGCAACACAGAGUGAAAGUGUGACUGCAGGAGUCUCUACACAUUGUCCUGACUCCUCCUGGCUUCUAGUUGUGCGUGCGUCCUUGGAUGGUGUUUUGCUGAUGGCUGUUUUCCUCAUGCUCUUCUACAUUAGUAAGACAAGGAGGAACUUUGGACUGAACUCCAGAGAAAAUGACACAAACAUAGAGUUAUCUGUUGGGUAUGAGAACUUUGAUCCAACCUCCAAACACAAAGAGUCCAAAAGCAGCAGGACCAAACCCACUCUUCAUUGUUAAAGACCAAAAUCUAAAAAGUAAAAAUUAAUUUUGGCCAUCUACUCUCUGAGGUUAUCUCCUCUUCCACACCUGUUUUUUGUUGAUAUUUUUGGACAUAUUUCUGAGAUUUCACUAAAAGCUCUGGAUACGAGGAUCACCUCCUAUAUAAUUUGCUUCACUAUGCUUUAAUGUGUUCCUGUUAUAUAAAUGCUUAUAUGUAUUGGCAUAGUUAUUUGCAGAGGUGUGAAGUAACAAAGUACAAAUA